AACAAUAUGUAAACAAAGUGAAUUGGUGAAUUGUGGCCGAUGUCGCCUUUCUCUGUGUUUAUACGCAGAUCGAUCGCCAAUUGGGGAGCUUUCAUUCUUUUUUGUUUAUUGCAAAUAUAAUAUUUUUCAAAUAUAAACUUCAUGUUAAUAAAAUUGUUUACUUCUAACGUGCAAAGAUGAACCGCAAAACGUCUCGUGGCACGUCCUACAAAAAGACCACCAAUCGGCAAUACAGCGUGUUGAUACGUGAAAUUGGUAAACAUCUGGCCAGUGCGCCAAAAAGCAAAGGUGACCAUUAUCUCUUCUGGUGUGAACUGCGGGACAAAUUAAAUUGCCUAGGACCUCCAACACGCACCAUAACCGAAUGGAAAAAGGUAUGGAAUGACUGUCAACGUAGUCGCAAGCGACGUGAAUUAUUGCGCGAAACACUACGUAAAACAAAAGUGGAGCCCAUAGAAGUGCGAGAUGAGCCAAUAUAUGAUGAUCGAGGAGAAGCUAUAGAUAUGUACAAUGAUUUCCACGAGGUAGAAAAGGAGGAGUUAGAAACUGACAACAUGUAUACCAAUGAGUGUUCACAAAGUUCUCAGGAUAUGCCGCAUAAUUUUGAUGAUUCCGUUUCAUCGUUUAUUAUAUCUGAAGCAAAUGAUAGCAGCUUUGAACAGCCCGUCAUACAGAGGCCACUACCACCACUAUAUAGAUGUCCUUCUACCGUAUCCACACCAUCACCCGCGGCGCCCCCACCACCACCUCCACCACUACCACAAAUAUCUCAUGUAUAUCCGAUUGCCACAUCUACUGCCUUUAAUCAUUUUGUUGUGAACACAACACCCAAGACAAAUGACCCGAAUGUUGCCAAUUCGUCUCCGGCUGCCGGUGUCUCCUUAUCGUCGUCAUUCAAUCAAGAUAUUUUCCAAGUACUUAAAAAUCAAAUGAUACAUCAAACAAAAUUGCUCGAACAUAUGUCAAGGGUAUCCAAUAAUAUGGCCCAGUUGAUGGAACGCCAGGUAACAGCCAUUGAAAAACAAACGGAGGCUGUGCGCCGCCAGGCAAUUGCUAUGGAACAUCAUACAUUGGUUAUGAAUUCCUUCGUUGAUAUGAUACGUGAUAAAAUGCCCAAAACGAAUAGUAAUAAUAGAACGGCGAAUUCAGGGCACAAUGGUAAAUCGUGAGGUUGUUGGAAUAGGACGUCAGGGACAUUAAGUUGAUCUUAUGUCCCAAUUUACGAUUUCGAAACUAUGCUUUAAAGAGUUCCUUGUAGGAUUUUGUAUUAUAUUUCAUUGAUGUAUUUAAUUUAAAUGUUUUUUUCUAAUUUAAGGAUUUUCUUUUAGACAUUACAUUUCAAGAAUGUAGUAUUCAGUUACUUUUGAAAUACUUUUUGCAUCCAAUAUUCUCUUGCAGCUUAAAGUUAAAAUGGAAUUUAGAUAUUCAUUUAAGAAUCUCAAUUUCAAACAUUUUGUAGUUUUAUUCUCAAUUGAGUUUCAAAACCACAUUUUUAUUUCAAAUCUCUACAUCGCUAUAUGCCAUUAAAUGGUAACAUUUUCGAAUUUCUCAUCGUAUUAGUUAUUAGUUAGCUAUGUCAUAUAUCUCACAAUUUUAUAUAUAGUUAACCAUCAGAUGUAGAUAUUAUCCAUUCCAGUUACAGUUACUGUACUUAUUAUUAAACUAGUUUUAAGAUAUUUUGUUUUUGGUGGAGACUAUUCACGGAUGAUAAAUAAAAAUAUUCUUAAAAAGACAAUGGAGAAAUGACAUGUUUGUGCUGAACUUAUGGAAACGAUACCGUUAUUGCCUACCAGCAUUUCUCGUAAUGGCAUUUCUUUGUCAACCUGCAUUGAAAAAUAAAUUACAGGUAAUUUAUAGAGUUGCAAACGGUUUCCUUUUUGUAUUGAUGAAAGUACAGACAUACAGGAUACAAGUCAACUAUUAAUUUGUGUGCGAUCUGUUGACACUAUUUACAAUAUAUUUGAAAGUAUGUUUACAUUAGUUUGAAUAAAUUCAAAUAUAGCAGGCAAAUUAAUAUAUAAGGCAGUACGUGAAUAACCACCGAUGGCGCCAAUGUAAUGUGUGGAAGACAUGGUGGAUUAAUAGGCAAAUUGAAUAAGCAUGGUUUUCAGUUUGAAAAAUUUCAUGGCUUUACACAUCAGCUACCUUUGGUUUUAAAAUUCCUCACGAACCAUCCAGGAGUGAAAGUUGCCGAAAAAAUAAUUAAUAGAAUUCCUGGCGGACAUAACUCGCUUAAUCAUCGAAAAUUCGUUCAAUUUUAAAAAAGUAAAGGAACAUAACUCUUUGAUUUAAAAUUAUUCACAGAAAUCGUCAGGCUUAAUCCCAUUAUUGUUGUUUUUAUAAAACAACAUUUGUUUAUUAGUGGAGAACGAUGGAAAUGUUUACCAGGGAGUAAGGCAGGAAAUACCUAGGUUUCGGAAAGAGCCACCAAUCCUCAUCAGUUCCCUUGUGUUUUGUCUGGGAUAUUCUCCCCAGAAGUUAUUUUAAAAUAACUCCUAUGACAAAAAACUUUUUUACCCAAGUGACGAGAUCGUAAGCUCAAUAGAAGAGGAACCAAAGAAUUAUAUAAAACUACAAUUCUUUUGGAAAAUCUUCUAAAUCUUACAACCGCACUUAUAAACAUUUACAUCUUUCUCCACUUGUUAUGCUUUCGUUUUACCUCAACGAAGUUUUCCAAAGACAGCAGAAUUGUAUAGUGACUUUCAUUCUAGUAAAAUAGAUGAAUAUAUUUCAAUUAUUAGCGAACUUCAGAGCCAUAUGCAAGAAAGUUUUAAGGAUUUUAAGGCAGUGCAACCUUUAUUGGAAAUAUAUGACAGCCCUUUUACGUGCGACGUUUCACAGUACCUUUUUGAGGUUCAAUAAGAACUAAUUAUCCUUAGAAGGGAAAUGGAAGCAGCGGAUAUUGUAGAAUAUAUCAACUUUUGGAAAUGUAUUGACCGUUCCGAAUAUCCUUGCGUUUAGAAUAUUUCCUACAAGUGUGCCGGAUUUUUCCA